AUGCUCUGCCCGGCCAGGCUCCCUGUGUCUGCUCUUCCACAGAACGCACCGUGCAUCCUCUUCGCCGCCCGCCACGCCAGCGCCGCCACGACCCUGAAGGAUGUCCUUGCCAGCAUGAUCCCCAAGGAGCAGGCGAAAAUCAAGAGCUUCCGGCAGCAGCACGGCAACACGGCCAUCGGGCAGAUCACUGUGGACAUGGUGUACGGAGGGAUGAGGGGCAUGAAGGGGCUGGUGUACGAGACCUCCGUGCUGGAUCCUGAUGAGGGCAUCCGCUUCCGCGGGUACAGCAUCCCCGAGUGCCAGAAGCUGCUGCCCAAAGCCACGGGGGGAGAGGAGCCGCUGCCCGGGGGGCUUUUCUGGCUGCUGGUGACGGGAGAGGUGCCCACCCAGGAGCAGGUAACAAGCGGGGUCCUGUACUGGGAGUUUGUCUACGAGGACGCCAUGGACCUGAUCGCCAAGCUGCCUUGCGUUGCCGCAAAGAUCUACCGCAACCUGUACCGCGAGGGCAGCAGCAUCGGGGCCAUCGACCCCAACCUCGACUGGUCCCACAACUUCACCAACAUGCUGGGCUACACCGACCCCCAGUUCAUCGAGCUGAUGCGGCUCUACCUCACCAUCCACCGUGACCACGAGGGGGGAAACGCGACCCAGGAGGUGCUGCUCUGGCUGACCAACCUGCAGAAGGAGCUGGGCCAGGAGGUGUCGGAUGAGAAGCUGCGGGAUUUCAUCUGGAACACUCUCAACUCGGGCAGGGUGGUGCCGGGGUACGGGCAUGCGGUGCUGCGGAAGACGGACCCCCGCUACAGCUGCCAGCGGGAGUUUGCCCUCAAGCACCUGCCCAAGGACCCCUUGUUCAGGCUGGUGGCCCAGCUCUACAAGAUCGUCCCCAACGUGCUGCUGGAGCAGGGUAAGGCCAAGAACCCCUGGCCCAACGUGGAUGCCCACAGCGGGGUGCUGCUGCAGUACUAUGGGAUGAAGGAGAUGAACUACUACACGGUGCUCUUCGGGGUCUCCCGGGCCCUGGGCGUCCUCUCGCAGCUCAUCUGGAGCCGGGCGCUGGGCUUCCCCCUGGAGAGACCCAAAUCCAUGAGCACCAAGGGCCUCAUGCAGCUCGUGGGCUACAAGUCUGGGUAAAGAAGGGACGGGG